AUGCAGUCCAUUUCCCUCAUCGCUCUUCUCGUUCUCAUCGCCGGAGCUUCAGCUCAAUGCUGGGGUGGAAACUGUGGAGGAGGAUGUUACGGAAACAACUGUGGAUGCAAUGGAAACAACUGUGGAGGACAGGUUACGGUACUCAGCAUCCCGAAUAAUAACAACGGAUGCUCCUGUAACUCUUGCUACGGAAACGGAUGUGCUCCAAGAUGCAGCUACUGCCCAAACAACUUUGGAUACUCGAACUCUUGCUGCAACAACAAUAACUUCUCCUGCUGCGGAUACCGUUUCCGUCGUUCCUCUGCCCCAGCCAUCGCUUCUGAAACUUCUGAAGGCGUUGUUGACUCGAACUGA